AUGACCUAUCACCUUUCUAUGGAAGAGCUCUGGGCUUCUCUGAAAUCUUCAACUAUCCCGAAGGGGCAGUAUGAUACCUAUCAAACUAGAAAUGGAAAUCCUGGGCGGAUGGCCCCCAAAUGGCACCCUUCAAGCCUGCUAAUUGUUUUAGAAAUAUCAUCAGGCCGAAAAACAGCUGGGCAGUACAUAAUGAAGGGAACAAAAAAUAACCUCGAACGAAAGUAUGGAGCAAGCAUAGAAAAAGCGAGUGGAUUGAGAAUACCAUGGCUUCCGGAUCAACCAGAUUUCUCAACCCAGAGCAGAAUGUGUGCGGAGUCUGCUGCCUCUUCCUUGGAGAGAAAAAAAAAUAUCAGCACUGAAAUAGACGCAUGGCUUCUGGAUCGACCGAAUAUUCGGAAUAGCGAAUUCAUGUCUUGGAUGAAAGGAGCUAACAUGACGGAAAUAGGAGCGCUAAGAAAUCAACAAAGAAUACCCUCCAUGGUUACUCCAACCCGAGCAUAUGAAUAUUUCCGAACCCCUGAGUUCAUGAAUAGCCGACGGAAACAAAGAGAUAUCAUGCGAAUGUCCGUGGACUCUGUGUCGAUCUCUUCAUCGACUCGGCUCGAGGAGAGAAUAAAAUGGCGCAAAGUCUUCGACAUGGGAGAACCGAGGAUAUACAAAACUAAAUCUCAAUUCACUUUUGAUUUUGGAGUCUUAGGAUUGCCGCAAGAAUCGAAUGUGUCCGGAUUCAACGAAAUGGAGAGACCGGACCGGACCUUUUGCCACGACUACGUGAACUAUUUUUUCGCCUCACUUAUGGAUUCUUUGAAUCGCGGCGAAAUCGAAGUUGUACAACGAUACCGAAAUGAACCAACCGUGACUGGCCGCCUCCCACGAAGCCGGAACUUUAAAUUGCGAUACGCUUGUUUGAUGGAAGUACUCAAACCCGAAUUCCAAUUUCUAAACGGAAUGCGUCUUAGAAUGAUAUCGAGCUUUCAUAAAACAAGGUCUCAGCUACUUUUACGUCUGGAAAUCCUUCAGUCACCUUCCCACCCAGCAUCUCGAUCAACUCGGAGAGUCAAAAGCGUCUGUACAGUAUCAGCCAUGGGGCUUGCUAGAUCUAAAGAGGAUAAUGUACAAGCACAUGGUCAAAUUCAGAGUCCACUAGUCUUAUCACUCCCAAUUCCAAACCUGAAUGAGUGGGAUCCAAUGCAAAACGUUCCAUCCACAUGCACAAUGCUAGGGAACAAAUUAACACAGGUGUCAUGCCAUGGUGAUCCAAUCGACCAGUCCAAACACUUCAACACCAAACGCAAUGGAGGUUCUAGCAGACUAUUAGGAAAUUCUAGGGAACUUAGACUGAAGGGUGUUGACGAUCAAAAUCUCAAUGAUCACGAGGCUCAUUUCCACUGCCGACAUCUGAAUGAAACAUAUGAACAGGAGCAUAAAAGUAUAAUCGAUCAGAAUAUCAGAGUUGAGAACGCGCUCGAGGAGUCAGGAGUGCGCUGGGGGUUAUGGGUUCUUUCAUUCAUAGGUGCGCAAAGCCUUAGCGCCUUUCUGCAUGACUUCCAGAAGGGCGCUGCAGUGGGAAUGAAAACUCUGGAGAGCGCGCUCGAUUUGUAUGCCACAUAUCUAACAAGCAAAGGAAAAGAGUACAGAUGGACGUACUAUGACAACACCGGCACCGGGAAAAUAAAGGCAGCAAGAAAUUUGACGCUAACGAAAUAUCUCAUGAAAGAACUGGAAUCAAAAGGGAGGUUUAACGAAACGAUGAUUUAUGUGCGCAGACCUUGCGAGUCCCUCAGUAAUGCGAGUACGAGUUUAAGCAAAUUUGAUGGAUGUAUUGGAACAAAUUGGAAAGGCUGUUCGUCUAUGCGUUACAAUCAGCAACCUCACCUACAUGGAGCUCGAAUUGACGAUAACUUCUUAUUUGGCAAACAUAUGACAAAGACAGAAUUGGACUCUUCCGCUACCCAAGCGGUACAAAAACAAAUAACCUCGAGUCCAUGGAGGAAUUGGAAGGAGACGGGUUAUGCGACGUAG